GUUCUCGGACUCGGAGGCGGUCACGCUGGCGGCGGGCUCGCACAUUAACCUGGCGUCGGCCGUGUGCGGCGACAACUCCCAGCCACCCGGGGCGUGCGUGCUUGUGCUGCCCCAGAGUGCAUUCCCCGCGUGUUACUGGAUGAAGAUGUUUCUCUUGCGGCUUGAGUGCGAGCUAUACAGGCUCACGUUCAACGAGGGUGCCAAUCAACAAUUGGAGUUCAUUGCCCACGACUGGACCCCCCCGCUGCAGCCGCGCAUGCCGGUCCCGGUGCCAGAUGAGAGGGACUCUCUCGUCCUGGGCGUCUACGUGACGCCCGAGAAGGCAAGCUCGAUCACGUAUGCAUGCCCUGUGCCAGCUUGGAUGGUAUCUAUUGUGUCUGAUCAAAGUGCUGCCAUCAUGAUCGUCAAUCAGAGACUCACCAAGCUCGAGUUGCCUUCUCACCUGUGUAUCCCGAGUGCUUCUACCAUCACGAUCCAGGUUACCUACCUCUCGCCGUCGACGCCUGUCAGCGCCGAGGACAGCGGGCCCACGCAGCUCACUCGGGUUGAGCUUGGCGGCGAGGUCCAGGCGAAGAGGAGGCAGUCGAGAUGUGCCAACCAGCCACCGAGUGAGGUAUCGUCGGUUUUCGGUGCCAGUGCUGCGUCGGCCUCGAUGGCCAAGAGAGCUGCCGCCAGUGCUCAGUCUGGCGCGGCGCCGGGCAGCGGCGGGCCUUCGGCAGCUGUGCGCGGCGCGAAGAAGGAUAAGCUAUUCCAGCAUCUGUUGAAUUAA